AUGUACAAACCUUUCGCUCUGCUUAUCCUUGCCUCGGGCAUCGCUGCCAUUCCUUUGGAUGCCAAGCCUGCUGGCACGACUCCCCCGACGCGCCUGCCUUCGCUGGAGGCGACCGUUCCUAACCCUUCGAAGAAUUUCGCCGGCAUUGCAGACUCCAUCGUGUCUUCGCUUAAGAGACAAGAGAGCAACCCGCCUCCUGAGCCUGCUAGCCCUCUUUCCGGCCUUCCUCUUGGUGACGUUCUUGGGGUCGCUGAAGGUAUCCUUGGUGGUGCCCUUAAGAAGCGCGACCUGGCGGACUUGACCGAUGGGAUCCCGGACUUUUCUGUCUCUGGUGGUCCUUUGCCUGCUUCUGUCGACAAGCGCCAGCUUGGUGGUGUCCUCGGUGGUGGUCUUCUUGGCGGUCUGCCUGCUGCUGUCGAUAAGCGCCAGCUUGGUGGCGUUGGUGGUCUUCUGGGUGGUCUGCCUGCCUCUGCUGAUAAGCGUCAGCUUGGUGGCGUCGGUGGUGGUCUCCUCGGCGGUUUGCCUGCUUCUGCCGACAAGCGCCAGCUUGGUGGCGCCAGUGGUCUUGUUGGCGCUCUCCCGAUCUCGGAUGUCGUUCAGACUGCUGGGGCUCUCGGUCCCCUCGGAACCGUCAAGGGGCUCGUAGGCGACGUCGGCACCGUCGAGUCUCUCGCAGGUGCCGUCAAGCGCACCUCCCUUGAGGCUGGCGCUGACCUCCCCACUCUUCCUCUUCCUGUACCCGCCGGCGAGCCGCUCCAUUCUCGCCUGGAUGAACAGCCCUCGAACAUCACCAACCCUGGCCCCAUGAAUACUACUGAGACCACCAACCCGGCCCAGAACGCGGGGAUGCCGCCCCCGCCUCCCGUUAUGAACCCCAGCAACGAGGGACAGAACCAGACGUUCCCCGGUCCCCAGAACGUUACGCAGACUGCUCCUGUCAACGGCUCAUACCCUGUUCCUUCCAACGCUACUGAGCCGAUGCCCCUUGAUGGGUCUGUACCUCAGAAUGCGACGUCCCCGGUCGACGCCUCUGCGCCUCAGAAUGGCACCACUCCUGCUGAUGGUUCUGGACCCUCUCCCGUCGACGGCCCCGCACCCCUGAACACCACAUCGCCCGUCGACGGUUCUGAGCCAUCAUCCCAGAACGGCACCGAGCACGCGCCGUUAAACCCGGCCGUGGAUGCCGCUCAGGACGGUACUCAGCAGGGCAACCCCUUGGGCAGCUUUGGCGAUAUCACCGUCGCCCAGAUUAUCCAGGGCAUCCAGGAGGGCAUCCAGGCUAUCCAGGCCCUCAAGGGUGCAUCUGGGUCGCUCUGA